CACCGAGAGCCGGAGGAAUCAAAGCCACCGACUACACGGUCGCCCGUUACCGCUGGAGCAUCACUACCGAUCACGCACCACGUCUCCAGCUCUCUCUUUAUCAAAGCACGCAAACAAUAUCGACUGGAAGGGACCGAGAGGAAUAUAUUACCCCAUUAACAGAACAAUGAACGCGGGCUGAUUUCUCAGGCCUCCUGCUGACCCUUCUCCAGUUGGGUCUGGAGUGCAGCGGCGUGCGGCCGUGAGGAACGCUAGAAGAUGAAGUCCAGUCUGAAACAGUGGCGGCGGCUCACCCUCGGCCUCAUGCUGGUCUGGGUGCUGGUGUUCCUGGGGCUCCUCUCCUACUUCAUGGAAUCACGAGUGGACGACCCGCACUCCGCUGCCGCUCUCUCCUACACAGACACUCGCCGCCUGACCUCACUGCAGGGCAACCCCCGCACCAUUAUGACCACCCAUUUAGGCCUGGCCACCUCCUCCACCCCCUCCGCCUCCAGCAACACCCAACAGGAGCAAAGCCAAGAGGAAAACCCCAGUGCCGACCCCCAACCUAGUCCGCUCAGCCAGGAAGCCUACCCUUAUCCUGACCUUCAGAGCCUGGCGGCCUGGUCCGCAUUCGGCACCCAAGAUGUGGGCUCGAGAUCGGCCGCCGCGAGUCGCAACCGCGAGCGGCAAGAGUACAACCAGGAUUCAACUCAACAGGAUGAAGAUGAGGAGGAGGUGUUGGGAGGGGAAGAGGAAGAUGAAGAAGAGCGAGACGAGGGCAGGAGGAGGGCGACUAAACGGGCGACAAGGCGUUCCGAGGACUCUGACCAGGACGAAUACUACGUUCCCAGAUCAAAAUCUGUAGUGCACGGUCUGUGGAAAGGGAGUUUGUCCGUAGGCAUGCUCAGUCCACGCCUGCAGAGGGCUGUGAAAGACUACCUGAAUAAUAAUAAACACGGCGUGGCCUACAGGGGGCACCGGAAGGCACAACAGAACGGCCAACAGGUGCUGUGCGAGCUGAAAAAGAGGCAGAAGGUUCGAACUUUGGAUGGGGCCGAGAAGCCUUUCUCCAUUUUAGGCUGGCAGAAAAUUGUACCUGCAUUACCCUUAAGCCAGCUUUAUGGGUCAGGAUUCCAGACCUGCGCUGUGGUCACCUCUGCCGGAGCCAUGCUCCACUCGGGACUCGGCAAGGAGAUUGACUACCAUGAUGCAGUGCUGCGGUUUAAUACAGCUCCUACCAAGGGUUAUGAAAGAGACGUUGGGAAUAAAACCACCGUACGCAUCAUCAACUCUCAGAUUCUGGCGAAUCCCAAGCACCAGUUUAACACAAGCUCAUUGUACAAGAAUGUAACGCUGGUGGCGUGGGAUCCUGCUCCAUACACCCUCAACCUGCACAAAUGGUACUCAAAUCCAGACUACAACCUGUUCACACCAUACAUGGAGCACAGGAUGCACUUCCCCGCUCAGCCUUUCUACAUCCUGCACCCGAAAUACAUCUGGCAGUUAUGGGAUGUGAUUCAGGGUAACAAUCUGGAGAACAUUCAGCCCAACCCACCCUCCUCAGGGUUCAUAGGCAUCCUACUGAUGAUGUCCUUAUGUGAAGAGGUCCACGUGUACGAAUACAUUCCUUCGCUACGGAAGACGGACCUGUGCCACUACCACGAACGCUACUUUGACGCCGCCUGCACUUUGGGUGCGUAUCACCCCCUGCUCUACGAGAAGAUGCUCAUCCAGCGCAUGAACGUCGGCUCAGAGGAAGACCUCAAACGGAAAGGCAAGGUCACGCUCCCCGGUUUCAAGAACGUUCACUGUGAGCCCUGAACAAAAAAGACGCAAUAACAGACUUUGUAAAGCAGAAGAGCUCCGCAGACCGACGCAGGACCACGCCGAGCCGGCUUUGAAAUGGACAGUGUUACGUAGACUAUUUCUGCGGGGCAAAAACCUUCUGCUGUAGUUCAACUCAAAAAUGCAUUUCCUGAGCCUACGCUUAAAUAAAAGAUGCGAGAACAGCAAUAGACGUGUCGUGAGAAAAGCUUUUUGUUUAAGAUCUGUGGAUUUUCUUGGUGUUGAAAGCCAUUAAAAAAAAAAUUUAU